CUCUCGCAUCAAGGUUCUUUAGGUCUAAGGCUGACCAUGACGAGCGUUGCUGUUGAAUUCACCGAUGCAGUUUUCGCCCAUUGAUGCAGAAAGACUUAGCGGGUGAAAAACAAGACAUCUGUCAACUUUGUAUGUUUAACAAUACCUCAUAUGUACCUGGGUUGCGUGUCAUCGUUCAGGCAAUCACCCCGAUCUCUCUCAACAUAGUUGCUAAAAUUGUCAGCUUCACGUCGAAAGAUAUGCCUACUACAAUAUUUCUGUCUGAUGUUCGAAAAGAGAUACAGAUUCGCCAGGGAUAGGGCGCUUCAGCCGGGGAGUCCUUUACAAGGAUCAGUUUGUUCUUCGAUAGACGUAGUCGUAAUAUAGUGUAAAUUCUUAAUUAAGCAUGUAGAUAUACUCGGGGGAAAAAUUAUAUUUCUGUGAAUACAUAAUGAAUUUUUAAUGAAGUGCUACUAGAAAUUAAGGCAUGCUUGUAUCAUUCGCUAGGUAAGUCUCUUGCACAAUAUGUAUUGCUGCUUUUAUGAAGAUAUUCACAUAAGUAUUUUUGCAAGAUACUGAAUGCUAGCUUGAAGCAUCCAAAAACUAGUUUAGGUUGUACUGGCAAGAAACAACCAUUUAAUCAGAAACUAUGUUAAAUAAAAACACCAUCUGUACAAAUGAACCCUUAUUUAUUUGGCCUAUUCAGUAAUAAAACGUAGUGAAUUAACAUAACUAAAAAAUUGAAGAUAACCAAAAGAAUGAGAGAAAAUAUCUGGGCAAUAAUUAAAAGGAAUGUAAUGUUAAAUAAGAUUAUACCAGUGACAAUGUAAUUUUGAUUGAAAAGAAUAGUACUGUCACUGGGUUAUUUAACUAUGCUUCUUUUGGCACAUUUGUCUCUCACUCCAUAAGAUUAGGAACUUCUUGAAUUAAACCACUGUGUUUAAUUUUUGUAGACAUUUGUUUUCCUCAGAGACUGGCGUGAGUAAUUUACGUCAUCUUCCUUGACUGCAAUUGUGCUAGUUCGGCAUAAUAGCUGCAAUUCUGACCAUCAAGACUUUAUAUACAGCAGAUGCACGCGGUUGAUUCAAAUACCAAACAGUCAUCUGCCACCUUGAGGAUGCAUUGUGAAAUUUAUUUAUAGAAAUCUUAACAACCACAGGGUAAAAUUUAUCUUAAUCAGUCCCUGUUACAUCUAUGCAGAACUAAAAUAUCAUUUUGACAUAUGAAGCAAGUUAUGUGAUAUCAAGGUUUCCCAAACACUUUGUAUAAAAGAUAAACUUCACCCCUAAGAGCUACGUAACAGAUCAUUUGGAAAAAGCAACAUUUUAAAUGCAUGUUGUUCGUAUCCAUGCAGGACAGACAUGUGAUGGAUGAGGCGCACAAUCAAUCAUUUGAAUUAAACCAUACUUUGAACAAGCAAAUGAUUACACACACACUGCAGAGACCUCAUGUGUGUGAUGUAUGUAACAAACCAUUUACCCAUAAGGGUAGUUUGCUCAAGCAUAUGCUUACUCACACAGAAGAGAAACCUCAUGUGUGUGAGGACUGUAACCAAUCAUAUAGAUAUAAAGGUGAUUUAAGAAGGCAUAUGCUAAUUCAUACAGGAGAGAAACCUCAUGUGUGUGAAUUCUGUAACAAAUCAUUUAGCCGAAAAGGUAAUUUAAAAACGCAUGUGCUUAUUCAUGCACGACAGGAACUUAAUGUGGGUGAGGUACAUAACAAGUCUUUUACUCCAAAGAGGUAUAUAAUGCGCAGUAUGCCUAAACACCUGGGAAAGGAACCUUAUGUAUGUGAAGUAUGUAAUAAAUCAUUUAGUUAUAAGGGUAAUUUAAAAGUCCAUAUGAUGAUUCACACAGGAGAGAAACUUCACGUAUGCAAGCUAUGUAAUAGGUCAUUUACUCAAAAGCCCGCUUUAAACAACCAUAUGCUUCUUCACACAGGAGAAAAGCCUCAUGUGUGUGAAAUAUGUAGGAAGUCAUUUAGAAUGAAGAGUGCUUUAAAUAGGCAUAUGCUUUUCCACACAGGAGAGAAACCUUUUGUGUGCGAAGUAUGUAACAAAUCAUAUAGACAGAAAUGUGAAUUAAACUUGCAUAUGCUUAUCCACACAGGAGAGAAACCUUAUGUGUGUGAAGUAUGUAACAAAUCAUUUAGAUCAAAAUGGGAAUUAAAUGCACAUAUGCGUUUCCACACAGGAGAAAAACCGUAUGUGUGUGAAAUAUGCAAUGAAUCAUUUCUUCAUGCAAGCUAUUUAAGGGAGCAUAUGUUUGUUCACACAGGAGAGAAUGUGUGUGAAAUAUGUAACAGAUCAUUUCUUCGUAAAAGUUCUUUAAAGGAGCAUAUGUUUAUUCACACAGGAGAGAAACCUUAUGAGUGCGAAAUAUGUAAAAUAUCAUUUCGACAAAGGGCUACUCUAAGGAAUCAUUUGUCUAUUCACACUGGAAAGAAGCCUCAUGUCUGUGAGGUAUGUCAAAAGUCAUUGACAAGUAAAGAUAUAUUAAACAAACAUAUGCGUAAGCACACAGGCGAUAAAAUCAUUUUCAGAAAGCGAUAUUUUAAAUGCAUGAAAUUCAUAUCCAUGCAGGACAGAAAUGUGAUGUGUGAGGUGCACAAUCAAUCAUUUGAAUCAAACAAUACUUCGAACAAGCUAAUGUUUACACACACGCUGCAUAAACCUCAUGUCUGUGAGGUGUGUAACAAAUCAUUUACCCAUAAGGGUAGUUUGCUCAAGCAUAUGCUUAUUCACACAGAAGAGAAACCUCAUGCAUGUGAGGUCUGUAACCAGUCAUUUAGAUACAAGGGUGAUUUAACUAGGCAUAUGCUUAUUCAUACAGGGGAGAAACCCCAUGUGUGUGAAUUAUGUAACAAAUCAUUUAGUCGAAAAGGCAAUUUAAAAACCCAUGUGCUUUUUCAUACACGGCAGGAACUUAAUGUGGGUGAGGCACAUAACAAGUCUUUUACUCAAAAGAGGUAUAUAAUUCGCCGUAUGCCUAGACGCCUGGGAAAGGAACCUUAUGUAUGUGAAGUAUGUAAUAAAUCAUUUAGUUAUAAGUGCAAUUUAAAAGUGCAUAUGAUGAUUCACACAGGAGAGAAACUUCAUGUAUGUAAGGUAUGUAAUAAGUCAUUUACUCAAAAGCCCGCUUUAAACAACCAUAUGUUUCUUCACACAGGAGAGAAGCCUCAUGUGUGUGAAAUAUGUAGGAAGUCAUUUAGAAUGAAGAGUGAUUUAAAUAGGCAUAUGCUUUUUCACACAGGAGAGAAACCUUUUGAUUGUGAAGUAUGUAAGAAAGCAUAUAGACAGAAAUGGGAAUUAAACUUGCAUAUGCUUAUCCACACAGGAGAGAAACCUUAUGUGUGUGAUGUAUGUAACAAAUCAUUUAGAUCGAAGUGGGAGUUAAAUGCACAUAUGCGUGUCCACACAGGCGAGAAACCUUAUGUGUGUGAAAUAUGCAACGAAUCAUUUCUGUAUAAAGGUUAUUUAAGGGAGCAUAUGUUUGUUCACACAGGAGAGAAUGUGUGUGAAAUAUGCAACAAAUCAUUUCUUCGUAAAGGUUCUUUAAAAGAGCAUAUGUUUAUUCACACAGGAGAUAAACCUUAUCCAUGUGAAGUGUGUAAAAAAUCAUUUCGACAGAUUGCUUCUCUAAGGAGACAUUUGCGUAUUCACACUGGAAAGAAACCUCAUGUCUGUGAGGUAUGUCAAAAAUCAUUCGCUCGUAAAGAUAUGUUAAACAAACAUAUGCGUAUGCACACAGGCGAUAAACCUUGAUUAUGCUAUGUGUUAAAAUGGCAUUUAACUCUUUGAACACAAGAUUUUGAGUCUAAAACCAGAAAUUCCUGAAAACUAUAAUGAGAAUUAUUUAUUUAAAAUUAAAAUAAUUUUUUAGUAUUUUUAAUUAAAAUUAAUAAAACAGCAUUCUGGUAUUAUAAAUUAAAAUACCAGAAUGCUGUUUUUUAAUAUACUAAUUUGAUUUCGUGGACAUAUUUCAAGAUGCACAUAUAUGCAUUCAGUGAUGCCACAAGAAGCCAUAAAGUAUGGCCUUGUUGGGUGGAGAAUUAGACAUUUCAUUUAAACACUCUUUUGCAUAUUCCCACAAGAGAGAAACUUUGUGUGUACGAGAUAUAUAGGAUGUCAAAAUCAGAGUUUACACAAGAAUGUUCAUAUCCACAUAGCAGAGAAUAAGUCAUGUUAUAUAAUAACUUGUUCAGUAGGAAGAAGAAUUUAAAGAAACUUGUACUUUCUUAGUAAAAAGCAUUAUUAUACAUGCAAUAAGGAUUUGUCUAUGCUGUAAAAUAACCUCAUUAAAUCAGGUAUGUAAUUUGUUGUUUAUUCUAAAUGCUUAAUAAACCAUUUAUUUGUUUC